CCCCGGCGGAGACACGGCCGGGGUGGAGGGAGGUGGAGUUUGUCGUCACCGUCGACUGGGAGGAGGAAGGCGAAGAAGAAAGGGGGAGAGAGAGAGAGAGAGAGAGAGAGAGAGAGGAGGCGAACCGGGGGCAGAAAACGAAGGGAGGUCGCCGCUGGAUGAAUUUCCCUUGUAAAGUUUCCACGCAGCAAACUGCCAAAGAGUUGGCGUCAACAAAAUGAUAACGCCGUACUUUAUAGAACAUUUCUGGGGCGAAAAGAACAAUGGCUUUGACGUGCUGUACCACAACAUGAAGCAUGGACAGAUCUCCUCCAAGGAGCUGACGGACUUCAUCAGGGAAAGGAGUGUUAUUGAAGAGGCCUACGCCCGCUCCAUGACCAAACUUGCCAAGACGGCAGGGAACUUUUCGCAGCUCGGGACGUUCGCUCCGGUGUGGGAAGUCUUCAAGGGGUCCACGGAGAAGCUGGCCGUCUGCCACAUGGAGCUGGUGAGGAAGCUGCAGGAGCUUAUAAAAGAGGUGCACAAGUACGUGGAGGAGCAGGCCAAAGCGCACAAAAAGACGAAAGAGGAGGUGGCGUCCACCUUGGAGGCCGUACAGAACAUCCAGGCCACCUCUCAAGCCCUGCAGAAGUCCAAGGAGAACUACAACGCCAAAACUGUGGAGCAGGAGCGCCUCCGUAAGGAAGGAGCCACCCAGAGGGACGUGGACAAGGCGGGAAUCAAAGCCAAAAAAGCCACAGAGACCUACAAGUCCUACGUGGAGAAAUACGCCGUAGCCAAGUCUGAGUUUGAACAGAAGAUGGCGGAAACUGCACAGAGGUUCCAAGACAUUGAAGAAAGCCACAUUCUCCACAUGAGGGAGAUCAUCCAGUCGUAUUCGCAAUCCGUCGACGAAACACACGUUCAAAUAGGGGAGGUUCACACUGAAUUUGUGAGGAACAUCGAGAACACCUCUGUAGACGGCUUAAUACAGAAGCUGGCAGAAAGCAAAGGAACGGGCAAGGAGCGACCAGGACCCAUUGAGUUUGAGGAGUGCAAUGCUGCUAUUGCUACCGAAGGUGCCAAACCCAGGAAGAGGAAGCCUUUCGGCAUCCCAGGACGGAGGAAAGACAAAGACACAGACUCCACGGAGUCCACAGAAGUCGAGAGCAACACUGCCAAUGGCGCUCCCCCCGGAUACUACGGGGCCAUAGACAUCCAGAAUGCCAAUGUUCCGCGGGUGGAUGAUGAAGGUUUCUGCAUCAGACCAGAAGCAAUGGACAAUGAUGCCAAAGAGAACUCCUUCUACUCGUCCAGCGACUCGGAGGACGAGGACGAGCCCCGGAAGUUCCACGUGGAAAUAAAGCCCGUCCAGCCCAACAACGGCACACAUCAGAACCGAGCCACCAUCGACGAGCUCAAGGCGUCCAUCGGCAACAUCGUGCUGUCUCCUUCCACCUCGGGCCAAAUGCGGAGGAACCAAUCCAGGUUCACAGGAGUGUCCGCAUUAGGCUCCAAGGCUCAGGGUGCUGGUGAUGAGCUAGCCAAACCCAGAGUGCCACCUUCAUACGAACUGUCCAACAACGACCUCUUGUCCCUCGAUCCGCUUGGUCCCUUCCUGGCGGCGAGCUCGGCCAACGCCGCGUCCACAACCGCAGAGGAGACGGCGCCAGCGCCCGAAUGCUCGCCCCCUUUGGCCGAGCGCCAGCAAUCCAAAGACGUCUCCUCUUUUUCCUCGUCCACAUCCUCUCCUUGGGACUCCCCUGUAAACCCUUUCAAGGCGCUCCGCCCGGCGCCGGUCCGGGCCCACAGCGCCCCCAUCACGCUGCCGCCCGAGCCGGCGGACCCCUUCGAGAGCUCGCCGGGCGACGUUGAGGACGCCGCGUCCUCGCUGUCCUGGUCCCAGAGCCAGUGGAUCGCCUUCGGUGACAAUAUGGCUUCCUCACGCCGACAUGGCCCCGGCCCUCCUUUGAGGCUCCAGUCCCGCAGGUCGAGCCGCUUCCUGUCGGAUGACUCGGCCGACGCCUACUGCAAAACGGCGGAAGGUUUUUCUGACAGUUUCUCUGAGCUGAGCGACGGGGCGACGGCGGCCGCUCCGUCGAGCAAAAUAUUCCCUGUGCCCAACCGACCUACGACUCCUCUGACUGCCGGAGCCCUGGUGCCGCCGCCUCGACCCUCCUCCAGGCCAAAGCUUCCCACUGGGAAACUCACCGGCAUCAAUGAGAUUGUCCGACCCUUCAGCCCGCCCAAGGGGUCCGGCGCCAGCCCGCCUCCCGGCGCGCCCCUCGCUCGCGCAGAGAGCUCAUCUUCCUUGUCCUCGAACGCCUCGCUCAGUGCGGCAAACACGCCCACAGUCGAGGAUGACAUGUUUGUCGCCAAGCUGCCCACCUUUGAGAGGCGAUGUGAAACACCAGCAGGCACGUCCCGCGGUCCCAGCCCUGUGACCCUGGCAUCCCAAGAUGCUUUGCCUAUUGCCGUGGCCUUCACCGAGUCGGUUAAUGCUUACUUCAAAGGCGCUGAUCCCACAAAGUGCAUCGUGAAAAUCACGGGGGACAUGACGCUGUCGUUCCCUGUGGGCAUCAUCAAGGUGUUCACCGGCAACCCCUCCCCCGCCGUGCUCACCUUCAAGCUGAAGAACACCAGCAGGCUAGAGCAGAUCCAUCCCAACCAGCAGCUCCUCUUCAGCGAUCUUUCCCAAAGUGACUCGGACUCGAAGGACUUCUGGUUCAACAUGCAAGCGCUGACGUCCUACCUCAGGAAAGCCGCGGACCAGAACCCGGCGGCCUCCUACUACAAUGUGGACAUCCUCAAGUACCAGGUGCAGUCUGAUGGCAUCCACUCCACGCCGCUCAACCUGGCCGUGUACUGGAAGUGUUCCCCGAGCACCACGGACCUGAGGGUGGACUACCGCUACAACCCGGACUCCAUGGCGUCGCCGGGGCCGCUCAGCAACCUGCAGAUCUUGGUGCCGGUCGACGGCGGCGUCACCAGCAUGCAGUCCCUGCCCAGCGCCCUCUGGAACGGCGAGCAGAAUAAAUGUCUGUGGAAGCUCAGCGACAUUUCUGACAAGUCGGAAAACGAAGGCGCCGGCUCUCUGAGGGCCAAGUUUGAGGUGUCCAGCGGCCCGUCCAACCCGUCCACGCUGGCGGUGCAGUUCAUGAACGAGGGCAGCACGCUGUCGGGGGUGGGCAUGGAGCUGCAAGGGAGCGGCUACAGGCUGUCUCUCAGCAAGAAGAGAUUUGCCACAGGUCGAUACAUGGCAGAUUGCUGAAACCACAUCAAAUCCUAUCCUGCUUUACGGCUGGAAAAAAAAAAAAAAAAAAAAAAAAAAUUUGCAACGCCAAACCGGACCCGCCCCCAAAUAAAGCCGCACUGAGUACCGAACACUGUCGAAAGCGAUGGAGAAAGGUGAGCUUUGAGAGCCGUGUGUCGCCAUGGCGACGCCUCGUCCCUUCAGUCUUUUUUUUGUCGGCCAACACUUUAUCUCACCGCAUAAAAAGAGGGGGGGUGAAAAAAACCCACGUGCACUAACAAACUUGUUCUCACCUCUCUCGUGUAAAUAUGACCUGCUCCAAUCUUUACUGCCGGCGUUUAACGCUUCUUUGGAUGGCGUGCGACGAAAGAGGAAUCCUUGAUGGAAAAAGAAAGAAAGAAAAAAAAAAAAAAAGGACCCUCAGUGCCUCGCAUUUUCUCCUCAAUCAGGGCUCUUUUUCCCCCUCAAGCCUUUUAAAAAAAUGUCGUCCUUACUGUAAAAACCCUUAAGACGCUUUCAAAAAGUCCAGAUUAACUCGUAGCUUUUUCUUAACGCAACAAAACUUGAAGUGUUUUUAACAUUUUGUGUCGCCUGACAUCAACGCCAUCGUGGACGCCGAAGGGAAGACCGGAAGAACCGCAAAAAUGUCGUCAUCGCUCCGUUUGUGUCACAUGACCUCUUUCUGAAAGGCGUCUCACCGUAUCGUCUUGGGCGCCGCUUCAAGCGGCGAACAUUUCAAUCGUUCCCCUCCCACCCCCGCCCCCAGCGAGCCUUAAGACCCCAACGUUGUGGUGUCAGCAAGCUGGUUCUUGCUCUCCCCCAAACAACCAGCCUCCACCUUUGCUCACUUUCAUUUUCCUUCUCUAUGUCUUUGUAUUUAACAGAUUUUUUUAAAGAAAACAAAAAAUACGCUAAUUUGUGUAAAUGAUUCUCAUAAUUUGUACAUUUUUUUUACCAGUAUCAGCCACUUUCUCUACGUGAUGAUUUCUCACUGUGCCUGUAUGAAAUGUGUAAUAUAUGAAUUAUAUACAAAUAUAUGGAUGACUACUUUAA